CCAUCAUAUGCGACCCCUUCAGGUUUCAAUUGUUGAUUGAAAUAUUCUGUUUUCAAACUGACAAUAUUUCGUCGAUAUUACUGCCCCAUAACAAUUAGAGACAAAACAAGAAGUGAAUAAAAACUUGUUACUCUUACGCGAUAUUGUUAUCGUCACGUUGAUUAAAAUAUAUCUAAAUGAAGUAUAUGAAGAAGUAAACGUCAGCAUUCGAACAUAACCUUAGUCUUUGUUAUUUAAGUGGAAUUGGUAUUACUAUUCUAAUAAUUAUUUUCUUUUGAGAAUUAUUUGUUAUAAGUACAGCAUUCCAAAAUGAAUGUAAGAUUAUUAAAAGAUCCUGCUACUGUAAGUAGUCGUAUAUUUGUGGGUCAUUUACAAACUGAUGAUAUGACUAAAGUUGAGUUGGAAGAACAUUUUUCAAAAUAUGGAACAGUUGUUGGUUCUUCGAUAAACCGAGGUUUUGGCUUUGUUCAAUUUGAAGAAGAACAAUCUGCUCAAAAAGCUAUUCAAAAUGAAGAUGGAGCAAUGUUCAAAGGCAGAAGAAUAGAUGUUAGGCCAGCAAAAAAGGAUAAUCAAUCCGGUGGAGGUGGUGGAGGAGGAGGAAAACAAUUAGGAGGACCUAAUAAUCAAUUUAAUUCUGCCAAUAAUCAUUUUAAUGCUGGGAAUGAUCCUUUUAAUAGUGGAAAUCAGAAUUAUGGAGGAAAUUCAAAUUUCAAUGCUAACCAAAGCUUUGGUUGUGAUUCACAGUUAAGCGAUAAUCAGAAAGUAAAUAAUAUGCAAAUUCGAAGUGGUGGAAAUGAUCCAUUUGGGGAUGGAAAUCAGAAUAGAGAUAAUGUGAAUGACCAAUUUGGAAAUCAAAAUAGAAACAAUGGGAAUGAUCAAUUUAGCAAUAUAAUGCAAAAUAAAGGGAACAGUAAUUUUAAUCCAAAUAAUCAGAACAGAAGUGGUAAUGACCAAUUUAAUCAAAACAGAGGUGGUAAUCAAUUUGGGCUAGGUGGAAACCAAAAUAGGCCUGGUGGAAACCAAAACCGAAAUGCAAAUAAUCAGAAUCAAAGUGGUGGUGGAGGUGGCAUGAAUAGCGGUGGGAGUGGUCGACCAAGAGGUAGUAGAGGUGGAAAAAAUCGAAAUAAAAAUAGAGAUAAUUCAGGUGGAAAUAACUUUAGAGAUCGCAGUCCUAUUAAUAGAGGUAAUCGUUUAGAUGAUAAAGGUGGUAGAGAUUGGGAACAUAAACAAGGGGAUAGAUUAAGAGGGAACAAUUUUGGCAGAGAUUCAUUCAAUGAUAGUAAUAACCGUUAUGAAGAUUUUAAAAAUUCUGCUCCUAGAGAUAUGAAUAUAAGUUUUAAUAAUACAAGUACAUCAAAUGAAUACUCAAAUGCAACAACUGAGAAAAAUGACUGUGAAAUUAUUGUUGUUAACAAAGCAUUAACGGAAUAUGCGGAAAGUAUCGAAAUGAGGUUGAAAAAAAUUGGCUUAACAGUUGAUUUGUUAUUUCCAAAUGAGGAUGUACUUCUAAGUAGAGUUUUAGGAAAUAUUGCCAGUCGGGGAUGUUUAUAUGCAGUCGUAGUUACACCAAUAAAUCAAGAACAUCAUUCCCUAACUUUAAACAUUCUUCAUGGUUUACCCCAGGAACAUAGAAAUAUGCUUGUUGAAGAUGCUAUUAAUUUAAUAUCACGAGAUUUUGUUAAUUACAAAGCUGGUGGACGAUCGGUUCCAUUGAAUACACCUUUUGCAAACGAACGGCAUCCUGAUGCCAUUCAGGUUCUUUUAAACAUGCUGGCUGAUAAUCAUCAGUUAACAGUUUUGCAGUAUGAUCGUGUUAUAAAAUAUCUUGAAAUUAAACGUGAAGAACAAGUACAAGUUGAAUUGGGAGAUGUAAAAGAUUUACCAGCUACGACGACGAUAACAGUCAGUGAUCCGAAACAAGCAGAAUUACAAUCUAGGAUACUUAAUAUCCUAAACAGUAAUAAAACAACUUCAUCUGCACCAACACCUAGUCCAGUACCAGCGCCUACUACAACACCAGUGCCCGUUCCGCCAGCUACUUGGGGAACAGCAGCAUCAACUGCGUCAACAGCAUCCACAACUACUACUACUACUACGGGAGUUUCACCGUCACCUCUGCUAAACGAUCCGACAGUUCAAAAGGCACUUGACAGUCUGUUGCAAGGCAAUUUACUCAAAAGCAUCGGCGAUCAGCAACCAACUACAACCUCAACACCUCUGUUUGCUGCUUUUUCGAAUAUCGGCCGAUUUUAAUUUAUUUCAAUUUUAUUUAUCAUAUAAUAAAUAAUUGGGGGUUUGGAUCUCCUUUAUUUUUCUGACAUUCAUACUCUUUCUGAUGAAUAGUCGCACUUGUUUUAAUAACAUGGAAUUUUUAUGACAGCAUUUGAUAAAAAAUUAGAAUACUAACAGGAUUGCAUUCAAAAUAAUUGUGAUAUUUGCAUCCGAAAAAAUGUUAGCAUGCUUUUAUAUGUAUUAAAAAAAGUAUAUUUUAAAUAUAGAAUUCAUAAUGCUUUGUAAAUUCUAUAGAUGUUAUCUGCAUAGUUCAUAAAUACUUGUUUGUAUAGUGGUUCAGUCUUUUUACUUUUAGAAAAGAAAUAUUUUAGUUUACUAUAUUUCACAUAAAGUAAAUGAUGGAGAAACUAAAUAUUAAAGAAAUUUAAUCUUAUUUUCUCUCGUGGUAAUUAUCUUUUCUAUUACUAUACAACUAGGCUUUGAAUACACUUUGAAUAUAUUAACAGGUUUAAAAUAUGAUCGAAUAUUACAUUUUAUUGAUAAUUAAAUAGUUUCUUAUGAUAUAGACUAUUUCAAUAUGUAAUGUACUGAAGUAGUAAUCAACAAUUUAACUAGACAAUUUAUUAUCCUUGAUAUAUAGAAUUUAUUAUAUUGUAAUUUUAAUGAAUUGCCAUGAUUAUUUCUAUUACUUCUACAGUUUUUAAUAAUGUAAAGUAUUCUUUAUAUGUGAACAUAAAGCAUUUGAUUUUUAUAGUGGAUUAUGUAAGAUACACAAUAUAUUAAUUUUUCUAUUGCGUUAUUAGAAAUACACAUAUUGUGAUGAAGAUUGUUUAAUUUUUACUCAUUCAUCAAUUUCAUUAUCUCUGUUAUAUUUUUUCCUUCAUAUUUAUGUUAUUACACACAUUUCUAUUAGUUUGAAUAUUUACACAAAUGUAUUGUGUAUAAGAAGCACAUUUUCUUAGGAACUAGGUAAAUAUCAUGUAUAACUUCAAUAAAAUGUUUUUAGGAAUAUUUCAUGUCUUUCAUUAAUAAUGUUGUAUGAUGUUGAUGUCUCUCUUAUGGGUCUAAAAACAAGAAAAUAUAUUUAUGAAAUUGA